GAUUUAAAACAUGUGUGAAAACAGCCUCAUGAGUUUCUCAAAAUGCCAUUUACACGACAGACCAACAAUUAUCACAUGUGACAUUAGUUCCAAUGUUAGUUCUGAUUGAUGUCGGCUAGAGACCAUGACAGAGAUUAGGGGGACCACGGUCACAGCCACGGUCUAGUAACCAACUAUUAGUUAUUAGAGACUAUUGCGACGCGCCGCGCUAGUGUCAUUUCCAUCGAAAGAAAAGCAUAAAAUAAACAGAAUAAAAAGGAAGGGCUUGACGAAAAUCUACGUUAAUGAUUUUAAGUUAACUGUCACUUGAACGAAUUGAGCUUACAGACGUGAGUUAUUAGACAUCAAGAACGAGUGUAAAGUUCUGCGUGUAUUCACGUCAUAUUUUAUACGGUGAAUAACUGCUAGGGCGAAACUGCUAGCAUCUGCUAGUAAUAUUCCGUCUGUUGAUUUCGUGUCCUCACGUAACUCAUCAUUAAUUGCUACAAGUAUUAUACGUUCACUCUAGUUCAGGAUACAUCAAAAUGGUCGCUCACACCGUGCUGCUAGACUUCACGGUAUCAAGUAACAUGGUAUCUGAUGUGGAGAAGCGAUCAAAUUUGAAGUCUACAAUCGCCCAUACCCUGAGAGAGCAUAUCGACAAUUUGAAGCCAUUGACCGAGACCAACAUAGAAGGAAGUUUGCUUUUAUUGUACACAGGUGCAAAGGGAAGUCUAAUCACAGUGCGAGCUUAUCCCAAAGGAUUGAUUACUGUCAACAUUGAGUAUUUUAAAGAAGAUAAUGAAGAGGCACUAUUCAAAUUUGAGGCAGCGAGAGACCUGGAGACUGAAUUGCUGGCAGCGUCUGCUGCCACUCGGUCACACACGCUUGCCCCCAUUAAACGAGGUGGCUCUUUUGAGCGAUUCUAUCCAACCGCUGAUGAGAGGUUACUGGAAUAUGACAUUGACAAAUUGGUAUUCGAAGCACGCUCUCCAUAUCAAAAAGUUCAAAUCGUACACUCCAAGUCUUUGGGAAAUAUGUUGGUUCUUGAUGAAUUACAAAACAUGUCGGAGGCUGACUUGAUCUACACAGAGACACUCAUGCAGCGUCAACAAGAGAGUUACGCUGGAAAAGAAAUUGUUAUCCUUGGAGGUGGAGAUGGGGGAUUGCUGUGGGAAUUAUUAAAAGAAAAACCGAAGUUUGUGACAAUGCUUGAGCUCGACGAUGUUGUGAUUAAAGCAUGCAGUCAACACAUGAGGAGCAUAUGUGGUGAUUGUCUGGAUAAAAAUAAGGCUGACAAUUACGAAAUUAUAGUCGCUGAUUGUGCCAAGAUGCUGUCGCAUAUGAUCGACGAAGGCCGUCAAUUUGAUUAUGUGUUUGGUGAUUUGACUGAUAUACCUAUCAGUCCAACACCUCAUGGAGAUGGAUGGGACUUUAUUAGAUUGAUAUUAGACUCGGUUAUCAAAGUGUUGAAACCAACUGGCAAGUUUAUGACUCACGGAAGUGCUGCAUCGUGUCCAGAAUCCCUGACAAUGUUUGAACAAGUUCUGUCCGAGUUACCUGUACCUGUUACUUUCACAAAGGCUCAGGCUUUUAUUCCCUCAUUCUUCGAAGAUUGGGUAUUUUAUCAAGUUUCAUUUAAAUGAUCGAUUAAACAUACGAACUUUGAUACAUCCACGAAUCUGAUAUAAAAUAUUCUUACAAGCCAUGACCGUCAUGAUUCAACUUAUAUUCCAGUUUCAACAUGAAACCUUGUAAUCAAGUUCUUCUGAAGGUCAAUAAAGGAUUAAAUAUAUAAAGCAAUACGUUCACAUUCUAAACUUAUCAGGUCAUAUUAAUGUUGUAAAUAGAGGUAAUAUCUUGGGCAAUUUGUUCUGAGAUAUGGAAAACACUUGGAUUUGUGGAUGUGAUAUAUUUCGACCGGUUGUCCGUAUCCUACUUUCUACCUUAUCGCCUUAUUUAUGGCCUAAACCUUCGAAAUUCAGUAACUGCUAACUUGGCGCUAAAUGCUAAAUUUGGAUACUCUCGAUUCAUACUUGUAGACUAUUUCUAGUAUAUAAUAAAUAAUCUGCAGCAAUAUAACUGUUAUAUUUUAGAAAUAUUAUUGGUUAGCUAUGUUUUAAGUUUAAAAAUUCAAAAGAUGUUGUAUUAUACAUAGCAUACUACAUUCAUGUAUAAUAUAAAUAAAAAUACCGACAGAAGA